GACGUCACCUUCCUGAGCCGGAAGUGUGUCGGCUCGCUGGCAGCAAUGUGGGAUGCCGCGCUGGCGUGAGUGAUGCUCUGGCUGCUACCCCUGGCCCGCUCAGUAACACAGACGGUGGUGCGCGCGAGGCGAAGUGUUUGUGGGCUCGGGAUGUUCUAUGCGGUGAGGAGAGGCCGCAAAACCGGAGUCUUCCUGAGUUGGAGUGAGUGCAGAGCACAGGUGGACCGCUUUCCUGCUGCCAGGUUUAAGAAAUUUGCCACAGAAGAUGAGGCCUGGGCCUUUGUCAGGAACUCUUCAAGCCCGGAUAGUUCAAAAGGGCAGGAAAGUGCACAUGAGAAGAAGUUCCAGGUGAAGACCAGCAAGCGGCCUCGGGAGCCUCUGGGUGAUGGGGAAGAAGCUCCAGAGCCAGGCUCGAAGCACACAAGACAGGACACGGAGCCAGCUGCUGUCCUGAGCAAGGACACAUUUUCCUAUAUGGGAGAGUCAGUCGUUGUCUACACGGAUGGCUGUUGCUCCAGUAAUGGGCGGAAGCGGGCUCGAGCAGGAAUCGGUGUUUACUGGGGGCCAGGCCACCCCUUAAAUGUAGGUGUAAGGCUUCCUGGGCGACAGACAAACCAGAGGGCUGAGAUCCAUGCAGCCUGCAAAGCCAUCACACAAGCCAAGGCUCAGAACAUCAGCAAGCUUGUCCUAUACACAGACAGCAUGUUCACCAUCAAUGGGAUAACUAACUGGGUUCAGGGCUGGAAGAAGAAUGGCUGGAGAACGAGUACCGGGAAAGAUGUAAUCAACAAGGAGGACUUCAUGGAGCUGGAUGAGCUCACCCAGGGCAUGGACAUCCAGUGGAUGCACAUUCCUGGUCAUUCGGGAUUUGUGGGCAACGAAGAAGCUGACAGACUGGCAAGGGAAGGAGCAAAACAGUCUGAGGACAGAGCAGGGUAGUUGCUGCAACUCUGACCAGAGGCAGUGGCCGGUUCUUUACGCUGUUCACUGAGAGGUGCCUGGAGGCACAGUGUGACCUGUGACACAGCUUGAUGAGAAGUGCUUAAAUAAUGGAAGUGUUGAGUCCCACUUCUGUGAGAUUUCAGAGUUUGUGCCUUUUGGGUCAGUCCCAAAAUGCUCCAGCUGGAUUUUAGUAGGAGUCAGUGAGACACCAGUCAGUACAUGUGGCCUAAAAGUUCCAUAAGGUUUAUUUGCCUUCCAGUUUGCACAGGGCAAGACUCUUGCCCUGGCAGCUGCCCUGUGCCUCUGUGCAUCAGAGAUGAUGUGGCCAUGUGGGACCUGAGGCUGCCUUGGGUGGGCAGAGCCUAGAUAAGGAGACCUUUACUCCUGGAUCAUCUUGAAGGAACAGCUGAGACCUUUAAGAAUCAAGAUGCAUAAAUAUAUUGCUAAUAGAUUUCUUUGCCUAUUUUUUUUAUUAAAAAUACUAUGUAAAUACAAAACAUGUUUGAAAUUAUGCUUAUUUAUUUUUUAUAAUAAAAGUUAUAGGAAUGACACAAAA